CCUACACUUAUCUAUUUUAGGGUUUUACUUUUUCAACCUAUGAUAUAACAACACCUUGCAGCUUAGAUAUCUAAUAUAAUAAGCAAAAAUGGGACUUAAAAUAUAUUUCUGUGGCAGCAUAUCCGGAGGGAGAGGAGAUGCAGAACUAUAUUGCCAAAUUGUAGAACAUAUGAAGACGUAUGGUACUGUCCUAACAGAACAUGUAGCGUCAUUGAAGCAAACUGCUGAUGGAAGAGUAGGACCCGAUGGAAAUCUAUCUGCCACAGAGAUCCAUGAUCGUGAUAUUGAAUGGCUUACAGACAGUGAUGUUGUUGUUGCUGAGGUUACAACACCCUCACUCGGAGUGGGAUACGAAAUAGGAAGAGCUCUAGACAUGGGAAAAAACAUUUUAUGUCUAUUCAGAGAUGACGCUGGUCGUCGCCUGUCUGCAAUGAUUGAUGGAGCUCAGUCUUCAAAUAAUAAUAUUAGUGUGAAGCGUUAUAUUGCCAUAUCAGACGCUCUUGAAUAUGUUAGUGGGUUUCUAAAAAAAUCUCAAAAUAAAAAUGCAGCAGUGUAACUUAUUAAGCAUAUCAUGAUCAAGUUUGAGUAUUAAUGCAAAUUUGGUCAUCUUCAUCGAGAAUGAUGCAGCUUACAACCACUUUAAUUUGUUUCACCUUACUCAAACUGCACGAGUGUGUUUGAAACAUUUCGGCAUUAUGCAUAUGAAAACUAAUUACUCUAGGAUUAAGAAAUCCUCAACAAAACUAAUAUGAUUUAGUGUAAUAAAUAUGCAAUUAUGCAUUAUCAAUUUUACGAUGAUGAAUGAAUUAGCGUUUGGGUACUAGGUCGAGCAUCUGAACAUAGGCCUUAUUCAUAAAAAGUUAAUUUAAAGUUUGUAUUUGAUCUAGUUUCUCUCAUAUUGAAGAUAAAAAAUAAUUAAAUAAAAGA